GGCCGGGCCGGGCCGGGCUGUGGAGGGGCCGGGCCGUGCUUCCCUCUCGCCGCGGCUGCCAGCGCCGCCGGCACCAUGCGCUGCUGCUGCCGCCUCCUCUUCCUCGCCCUCCUCCUCCUCCCGGCAGGACUGGGCGAUGACUCCCCGGAAUCACCCCUGGUCCCCAUCCGCCCCCCCUUCCUCUGGGGGGGUGUCCCGGUGAAACCAGACUCCAGGGAUGCAGAUGUCCCCACGCCAGCUCCGGGCCAGCCCUCGCUGUCCUUGUCCACGGAACCCUCCGGAGAUGGAACAUCCUCCAGGCCCCCGGAGGGGGACGACCACAAUGCCACCGUCCCCGUGGCAGCGCCGUCCCCUGCUCCUGUCUCUGUCACCGCAAGCUCCGUGGCCGCCGCUGACGGUCCUUCUGCGGCCUCCGGCCCCGGCUCGGUGCCACCCACCUGGGGGACAGCGCCGGCUCUCCGGACGCCAAGCACCGCCAGCCUGGCGAGAAGCACGAUGGAUCUGGGGGCAGCUGCCAGCCCCGCAGACGCCGCUGCGCCGUCACCCCCCUCUUCCCUUCCCACCAGCGGCCCCUUCUCACCUCCCGGCGUGGCCUCGACCCCGACGCCCGUCCUCGCGAGCCCCGGCGCUACCCGGCCACCGCCGCUGACCAAGGACGUCCCUUCCCUGGGGACGCUGGCCGUGGCAUCCAGCCUGGCCAUGGAGCCAACGUCCCCCCCAGUGACUGUGACGAGCCCCACGGGAGGCGAGGCCGCAGCCUCUGAGAAGACCACCGGGGUCACCAUGGAGGAGGUCCCGCGCGCCCUGAGCGCAGGGAGCAUCGUGGCCAUAACCGUGACGGUCAUCGUGGUGGUGGUGCUGGUGUUCGCGGCAGCCGCGUACCUCAAGAUCAGGCACUCCUCCUACGGAAGGCUUUUGGACGACCACGACUACGGCUCCUGGGGCAACUACAACAACCCUCUCUAUGAUGAUUCCUAGCAGGGAUGAAGACAAAACCCCAUAAACCCUUAAUUUAUAAGCGCUUCUGCAGCAGAGCAUCCGCUGUCGAGGAGAUGCCGGGCACGGAGCCCCUGCCUCAGGCAGGAUUACCACGGGUCUGGUGGAUGACAGGAACUGGAGGGCGGGUGUGCAGUGCUGACAAUAAACCUGAAUUUUGGCCUUUGAGCGGGAAACCAGGUCCUGGGGCAGGUCAGCCACUUGUUGUAGAUGAGGAAACCCCAAUUCCCCAGGGAGAAGGGCUGGGGAGGUCAAGGGAGAGGACGGAGGUUCAGCCAGUGCUGUGGCAUCCUUUGAAAUGCUGCUGCUCUGUGAUUUGGGGAGGAGUGGGGGGCUGCUGAGCCGGAGCCAGCAGCGUGCCGGGGUCUCCUGUGCUUUCACAUGUCCCUUUCCCUAAAGUCACUUCCCUGUGUUGCCCUGCUAUGAAACCCUUUCCCUUGUCUCUCCAGGAACCGUGAACAGUUACGGGGCUGCUCCCUUUCUUUUCCUGCAGGUGCUUCCAUGCAGAGGUCCCUGAUUUAGUUUUUUCCAUUUAAUUGUGGGGGUUUUGGUCCCAAAAGCAGCCCAGGAGCCCAUGGGAAGAUGCACUGGCCACCCAUUUCACACAUGUGGCUGCUUGCUCCACGGCUUUGUUUCCAUUCCUUAAAAUACUUGGCUGCUAAAAUACAGCGGAGUGUUCUUUUAAUCCCCAA